GUCGCGCAGUGCGGCUAAAAAGACGUCGUGCGUGCGCAUGCGCCCAGCGCAGAGACUGCCGGAAACCAAGAUGGCGUAUUGGUGUUCUCCAGGCCGCGGUUGGCGCCUUGUCUGUUGCUGAGCGGGUGUUUUGUAAGGGGCUGUGACUAACGCCCUGUCCGCCGCGAUGGCGCGGCAUCGGAAUGUCCGAGGCUAUAACUACGAUGAAGAUUUUGAAGAUGAUGAUUUCUACGGUCAGUCUGUAGAGGAUGAUUAUUGUAUUUCGCCAUCAACAGCUGCUCAGUUUAUUUACUCACGACGUGAUGAACCUUCAGAAGAGUAUGAUUAUGAAGAUCUGAAGGCCUCUAAUUCUGUCUUGAGCCAUCAGCUAAGUGGAAUUGAUCAAGCUCGUCUUUAUUCAUGCCUCGAUCACAUGAGAGAGGUACUUGGAGAUGCUGUGCCAGAUGACAUAUUGAUUGAAGCAGUUCUGAAGAACAAGUUUGAUGUGCAGAAGGCUUUAUCAGUGGUUCUGGAUCAAGAUAAAUUGCAGAAUUUGAAGGUUAAGAGUGAGGGAACAGUAUCUACAGGAAAGCUAGCAAAAGGAGUCUUAAUAUCUUCCUCUGAAGUUUCAGCUGAUAAUGUUCAAAACUCUUGUCCUCAAUCUGUAAACCAUAUGGAUUGCAAUAGCAAAACAUUUGAUUUUUCUGGCCCAGUAGCAAAAUAUGGAUAUCAUAAUUCCUUAGCUGUACCAAGUCAUUAUUUACUCCAUAAAAAAACGAAACUUGACAGACCUAAAAGUGAAAAGAAAUUAGAAUCAUGUAAGUUAACAAAAGAGUUGCCAUUAGCUGACCUAAUUGAUGAUGUCACAAGAAAUUCUUGUAAACAUCAGCCAUCGUUUAGAUUAUCAUCCCCAGAUAGUCUGGAAGGUCUUCUUUCCAAGAGUCUAGAUGCUGAAUUGUUAAGACCUGAUGUAUCUGAAUGUGUUUCCAAAGAUGAUUCUGCUUUCAAAGAAAUACCAGAUUUAAAGUGUUUAAUGAUAAAGAACACAGCUCCUAAUAAUUCUUUGUUUAUUCAGAAUAAGUCAGGAACUGAUUUGCAAAACAUUCCAGUACAAGCCAACUUAGGAAGUUUAAAUAAUCCUUUGCACCUAGCUAGCUCCUUGGAAAAUAUGGCUCUUGAUAAUUUGAAUGCUGGUAAAAUGACUGAAGUUGGAGGUGUUUCAUCAGUUGAACCGAGUGCCAAGAAUUACAUUUUAAAAAAUGACAAUUUGCAAUUUUCCCAAAGUGAAAAUCCAUCCCUUGCUGAACUGUUUCAGGAACACAAAGAAAACGAUCCAAGCCAACGCUUUACUUUAUCUGAUAUUUGUAACCAGUCAUCUGCAAGUCUCACAGAUCUAUGUUUGGGAUCCUUUCCCCUGUCACAACUAGCAAAUCGAUCUAGCUCUUCAACUGGAAUAUCUGAAUUAACAGGCUCUCUCUCAUCUUUGGCAUUUCAUAAACCUUCUCCUACAAGAGACCUUGAGAAUUUGUCACUUUCUGAUUUGAUUGCAGAAACUAUUGAUCUAGAAAACUCUCAAAUUAAGAAAGAUUCCCUUAAGCUUGGUUUAUCUGAAAUGAGUUCACCUGGAAUAGAUUCAAAUAUUGAUCUUAGUGUCCUUAUAAAAACCCCAGAUUUUAUUCCAAAACCUGUAGUAGACCAAUCUGUUGCUCCAACACCAGGAACUAAAGUUCUAAGUUCAAAAUCAGGGAAAAAUUCCAGUUCUGCUAAGGAUAAUAAGAAAAACAAUAAAGGCUCUCUGACUAGGAAACCACCUUUUUCUCUUUCUUGGACCAAGGCCCUUGCUGCUAGACCUUCAGCUUUUGCUUCAACACUAUGUCUUCGCUACCCACUGAAAAGCUGCAAGCGACGCACCCUUGACCUCUAUAAGACUUUUCUUUAUAGUAGACAAGUUCAAGACAUAAAGGACAAAGAAAUAAGUCCUCUUAUAACAAUAACACCUUUUGACUUCAAAUCAGCAUCUCCUGAUGACAUUGUAAAAGCUAAUCAGAAAAAAGCUUUCACUAGAGAAUAGCAACAAAAGGAAAACUUGGUAAUUGUUGUAGAUCUUUUUAUUUUACAUUAAAGUCUCUAUAGAUUUACUUUAUAUUAUGGAAUUAAGUUGUGACUUUUAUAUUAAAAUUGUCUUAAGUCAGUUGAUAAUUUUAGUUAUGUAUUUUUGCACUGAAUUUUUAAAAAUAUAUUUUAGUGAUAACUGGCUUUAUUUAAGUUGAUAGUCUAUAAUUGUAUAUGUUUACAGAGCGUAUAUGGAAAAUUGUGAAAUCAAACCUCAGAUAUUUUUGUUUUAAGCAGUCAACUUUAUAAGUUUUUACAAUGAGGCAUUUUCUUUUUGAAAAUAUUUUUGUGUUUUGUUCUUAAACAAAAAUGCCAUUACUUGAGAUUAUUGUACUAUAGUAAUGAUGAUUUUUCUUAUGAUAUGUACCAGCAUAACUAAGACAUAAUUAUAUUUUAAAAUAUUAGUGAUAUCAGUCCCAGUUUCAUUAUUUUUCUGUAGGUGAAUACUAACAUUUUUUACUAGAGACUCUUAAAAUUAACAGCUUUUGUGAAUACUUUAGAGUUUGUUGAAAUACAUUUUGAUGACUAGAAAAUGAAAAUCCUUUAAGGGACCAUGUAAAUAUUGAGGUUGGGUUAAUAAAUGAAUUAUUUUUAUACAUUUUCAAAACAUUUGUCCUACAUCCACACUUUGAAAUAAAUAUAAAGUGUUUUUAAGUAUGGUUGCAUGUUUUUUGAAUAGACAAUUUUAUCAGAUCUCUUCAUUUUUUUUUUAUUAUAAGUAAUGUAAUGUGAAUUUUCCUCUUUGCUGCUCACAGCUGUGUGUGCUACAGUGACAAAGUUUCAGCAAUAGCAGACCAAAUAAGAGUUCAUCUAAUAAGUAGAACAAGUAUAUAAUUCCUCUCUUAAAGCAGCGAUCCUCAACUGGCAAUCAGGAUCACUGGGAGAAUUUUUCCAAAGCAUAGCUACUAUGACUUUACUCUAAAUGUGAUGUGAAUUAGUCUCUGAGGAAUGGCAUUUGGGAAUGUGAAUUUUCAAAGUAGUCCCCUGAUGAUUUUGAUCUAUUACUUUGACUUGAGGACCAUUGCCUUAGAGAAAGAAAUAAGUAGAAUGAAUGCUAACAACAUCUGACCAACUUGAUUUAUAAUUCAUAUUUUCUAAUAAGGAAUGACAUGGAAAAUUGCUAAUUAAAAGUAAUUUUUCUUUGCAUAAACAGAUACUAUUUUUAGUAUUUUCUGCCAAAAAAUAGUAUUAAUGUUAUUUCUUAAUGAAAAUGAAAUAGCUGGCCUUUCCCAGUUAAAUAUUUUUCUCAGGCAGUUACUUUACUGUGCUUUGAUAAUGUAUUUUGGUAUUUUUUGUUUCUGUUUAAAUUUUUAGAAUGACAUUUUAUAUUUUCAUGUGCAUGAUAUUUUUUGUAUUCAGUGUUUUGAUGGGAAAACUUAAGCCAGCAUUAUGUCUUCAUUGUUCUUGACCAAACACUUUCUUGUGAUGUCUUCAGGUUUUGUUUUUAAUUACAUAUUUCAGUGCAAUUAAAUUCUGUGCAUUCAUACUAAUGCUUAGGAGAUAAUAUGAAUCAUAAGAUAUAUUUUAUUUUCCAUUUUAAUGUUUGAAUUAACCCAGCUGCUGAUUUUGCUUUUCUAAUUUUGAACUUUAAUCAAACAUUGUAGUAAUUUUGAGCUAUGAGUAUAUAACUCAUCAACUCGGUUUAUAUAUUAUGGGCAGUCUCCAUCUUACAAUUGAACUGUUUUCUAAGAGUUUAUUUGGAUCUUAUGAUAAUACUUGAUAUACAACAGAGAAUUCCAGAGUGGACAAAUAGUCCAUUUUGCACAUGAAUCUACAAUUAGUUAUUUAACCUGUAUUGAAGUUGAACACCAGUACUAUUGCUUUACCUUCUUUUGUAACAAACUAGUUUCCAAGUGGAAAUAUAAUCUUUAAAAAAGCCAUAUUGUAGUUCUUGUAGUGUAAACUAUAUCUCCCUUUGUUUGGUGAUUAAGAUAAUUACCGUUGGAGAGAUUAUUUCUUUGGGAGAAAAAUUCUCUAUUAGAGGGUGACAUUGAACGCAAGUUUUUAAAUUGUCCCCCUCUUUCACUUGUCAUGGCUACUACUCUGUCAGGCUUGUACAUGAUAGGCACUUGCUAUGUUGACUAAAGAAGUGUCAUAGUCUAUGACAUUCAGAGGUUGCAAGAAGACAUCCCUGCCCUUUCCACCCUUUGCCAUUGGCCUUUGGUAAGAAGACAAGUGCCUGCUUCUUUGUGGCUCUGCUAGUGACAGAGAUCAUCACACUAAGUGCAUAUUGACUGACAACUGGUAGCACAAGGGUGUUAAGUAUUUUUGGUUUAGUUUCCCAGUUCGAAUAGCAAUUUUAAGAUGCCAAGUCUUUAUUUUCAUUAUGAGCAAAUGCAUUAGUAUUUUACUUAGGAAUAGAAAUAAUCUUUUUAAUUGCAUACAGCAUAUAAAGGAAAUGAACUACAAAAGACAUUUAAAAUAACUACUUUUUUACUCUUUACCUUUUUGCUUGUUGUCCUUUUGUGUUCUGCAGUCUUUGGGUGGCUUUUCUGAUUAUGGCGCUUAACGUUAAUUGCCAAGAACCAGGGUUUCACUCUGUUUCAGCAUUUUGCUUCUCUCUCUCUCUCUCUUUUUUUUAAAAAACCUUUUUGUAUUUCCUAGUUAUUAAACUUGCAUUCUUACUUAUUUUCCUUCUUUUGGCUUUGGAUUUUUUCUUGAGCUUUAUUUCACCCCUUAUAUAAGUAAUAAUGCUAUUCCUAGUACAUAAUAAUUUUUAGUGUUCAGUGGGAGGUCAUGCAGGUGUCACACCAAGGAUUAAACUGGGGCAUUGCUUUUCUUUGUAUGUAAAGGAGACACUGUUAUGUUAAACACAGCUAAGAAAAUAAUUGUUUACCUUUUAAAUUGAUCUUGAAUCUAUAUGUGGACCAUUGCAAAUAAACAAAUACACAAUUGUGUAUUGAGGAAUACUAUCUUGCCAAGUUUUCUGUUCACAUAGUAUGUAUUUAAUUAUAAAAUUAGUUUGUGAUAGGUUAGAAAUUGUUUUCUGUUAAAUAAUAGAGCUUAUAUGAACAAAAAUAGAUUGACUGGACAAGGAAACUACGAAUUUUAUUACUAGUUUUCUUUUAUCUGGAUCCAUAUAAUUAUAUAAGACUUGGUUUAUGCAGUUGUAUGUUGUUAAGUUUUCUUUGUAGGCUAUAAAAGAAUUGUCACAUUUUAAGUAUAUCUGUAUAGUUUUGUGAAUGUUGCAUUGAAAUAAAUUUUAGUUGUGAGGUUUUCUUAAGUGUGAAAGCAUAUGCAAUUUAUCCAUUAGGUUUUUUUUUUAAAGAUUUAUUUAUGCAUACAAGUACUGGGGUACAGGCCAGAGGUGUGGGGCGGGGGUGAGGAUUCACCAGAGACAAAGUGGGGAACAGAACAGGCAGAUUGAUUGAAAUACACUACUGAGGGGAGCAGAGGGCGAGAUAGGAGAGGUCUGCUGCGCCAUGUGUAGUCCGUGUCUGGGGAUCGAAGACGUGCUGCAGUGACUGUGGAUAGCUUCAUAGGUUGUUUCUUAACCCCUGGCUCCACCAGGAAAGCCCCCAUUAGGAUAUUUUAUAAGCUUUAUUCUUCAGAAUGGUGUUUUAAUAAUUUAUGCUCAAGUUUCUGCUUUGUGUUUCUGUAAACAAAUUAAAAAACAAGCUGCUGAUUGUGAAUAGUUCCCUCUUAGAUACAAUUCAUACUUUCCAAAGCACAAAGUUUUAAAUUUUUCUACUUUUUUAGGACUAACAUAGAAAUGCUAUUAAAGUAUAGCUUAUGGUGAAUUAUGGUGAUAGAAUUGCAGAGAUGGCAGUGGAAGGUAAAAGAGUUGACAAUGUGUACAUUUCUGAUGUUGAUAUGCCUGGUAUAGAUUGUAAGACUCAAAGGAAAACAUUUUAUUUGUAGGAGAUAAAGCAAGAUGAGCCAAAGACAACAUUCUUACCUUCAAAGGGGAGGGGAAUAUGGAUAUUUAAAUGUUAUUUAUAUUAGUGUUGUUUCUCAUAUUUAUAUUAUUACUCAUAUUUAUAUUUAUUAGUCUGGCAUACAUAACAUUACCCUCUCCAAAGCUGACAUCUUUGCCUUUCUGACUCAAACUGACACCUCCUCCUCUCAUUCCUUUAUUUAUUAGUGGGAUCACAUUUAGUUGCAUAACCCAGAAACUUAGCUAGCAUCAUCCUUGGUUUCUCUUCCUCAUUUAGUUCUUAAGCUAAUUACCAGCUCUAUUAUCUCUGGCUUUCAAAUAGGUAAAUAUAUGUGUGUGUAUUACUGGUUGAUUGCCGUUAUUUGUGGUAGUUAGAGAAUUUUCAUUAAUUAACAUACACUGAAUAAAAUAAGCAAGCACUGACUUAGAGAUACUGAACCGUUGCUCUUACAGACAAUGUCGGCCUAGCUUCCUUUGAGUCUCUGGUCAUAAUAUUUCUGUCAAACCCUCAGUACAUAGUCUUGUUUUAUCUAUCUGUUUAAAGGCACUUUAUUAACAUAUAUUAUUUAUAUGCUUUUGUUUCAUUAACAUUGAACUCCCAACCAAAAAUACUAACUCAUGCCGAAUAGAGCUUAUCUAACACAUUUUUAUUUGUAAGGAACAUCACAGCAGCCUUGUGCUUAGGAACACUAAAGAGUGCACAGUCACCAACUAAAACCACAAUGCAAAAAACAUGGCACUGAAUAGGUGAUGAAAAUGACACUUGUUUACAAUAUGGGAGCCAAAACAAGAGCACAAAAUAUCACCUUGUUGGACCUCAUGUUGGGGGACUCACAUUUUUUGCUGCUUUGCACUUGUCUGUCAUGACAUUUAAUUGGUUUCUUUACUUUUUAUUUCCCUUUGUACACUACAACCAGAGUAACUUUUCUAGUAUUUAGUUCUAAUUUACUAUUCCUCAUUCUGCAAAGCCCUUUCAUUUGUUUUAUAAGACAUUUUAUGAACUGGUUUCUGUUUGCAUACCCUUUUACCCAAAGUCACCAUACAUCUUACCUGAGUAUUCUCUGCUUAUUAUGUGUGUUUGCCCCAUGCAUCCCUUCUCCUUGUAGCUAAUUGCUUUUCAGGUUGUAGAUUACAUAUCAUUUUACUCUCAGUUCUGGAGUUGGGGGUGCUUUAUAUGCAUCCAUAAUUCACUCUUUCUUUUAUUAUCACCCCGUGUAAAAUUAUCAUCUCUCCUUCACCCCCAUCCCUUGGGAUUUUAUGUGUUCACUGCUAUAUUUCCAAGCUUAGAAUGUCUGGCACAUAAAUAUAGGAAACGAUUUAAAGUACAAAAUGAGUUUACUUUAAAGUAAAAAUGAGUUUACUUUUUGUAGUCCCAAAAGUACGUUUGAAAGUUUUGAUAGAUAACUGCCUCAUUGUCUUUAAAAGAGGCUUAUCUAUUUCUUUCCCAUGAGUUUAGGAGUGUUUGUAUCCCAAAUUUUCAUCGAUAUUGUUGUAACUCUUUUUGAUAUAAUGCCAACCUGAUAAUUGGGAAGUCUUACUUUCAUUUAUAUGUUUUUAUGAGUGAGGCUGACUGCUUU